AUGGGGAAUAUUUUGGUGAGUUUUUAUGAUUUUUUUUUUGGUAGAAUUGUGAUUUUUCCGCUGAAAAUCAGGGCUGCUUAAGUGGGCCGGAUCCAGAAGUUUCCAGGUUGGAAAAUGGGUAAAUUCACUGCAAAAAAUCUUUUUGGCUUCAAAAACCCCCUUUUUUGCUGAAGCGGAACAAGUUUUCUUAAAAAUUCGAUGAAAAAUUGAAUUUCAAAUUUUCACGAAAUAUAUUGGCUUAAAAAUUGAUUUCUGAAAAAAAAUCUUCAGAGACUUCAAUUUUAUCCGAAAUGAUUCUGAAAAUUCAGAAAAACUUGAUUUUUGCGAUCAAUUUGGGAUAUUUUCUAAUUUUAGGUUUUAUUUUUAUAUUUUUUGACAAUGAAAUGCGCUAGAUUUUAAGCCAAGCUUCAGAUUUUACGGAGUUGAUUCGAGUGAAAAAAAAAAUGAAGAAAACGUUUUUUUUUUUCUGUUUCUGAAUAAAUUUUGAUUCAGAAAAUGUCAAAAAACUAUAUUUUUGCAAAUUUUUUCCAAAGGAAAAUGGAAAAUUAUUCCCCUACAACAAUAUUUCAGUGGAAAAUAAUUGAAAAAAAAAGUUAUUUGACAUCGAAAUUUUUCGUCAAAAAACGUUUUUUUAUUGAUUUUUUCGAGCCGAUAAAAAUUAUUUUUUUCAAAAAUACGUGAACGUGACCCAGCUAUUCCACAUCAUAUGUCUUUCUUUUCCAAAAAAAAUGGAUAACCCCAUUUCAUUUCCAAUUAUUUGAUCUCUCAAAAAUGCACUUGAUCCCCCACUUCAGCAGCCCUGCAGAAACAAAAAUUAAGGCUGAAUGGUCAUUCACCUUCAUUUGGCCGUUUUUGGUUCUUCUUUUCAUUCUCAAAUACAUUGUUAAAAAGGUCCUCGAAAAUGUUUUAGAUCACUUGAUUUUGCUGAAAUUGUCCAAUUUUCAGCCUUGGGGUGUGCAUAUUCAAUACGCGGAUGCUGUUCGACGAAAUAAUUUGAGACGGCAAAAGGGAUUCGAGGAUUUUGAGAAUAAUGUGAAGUUUGAGAAAUUGUUGAAUGAUGAGAAGUGGGUGAGAUUUUUGAAGUUUAUAAUAAAAUUUUGAUUUUUGUAGAAUCAAGGUGGAUAAAAGUGAUGUGGAAAGUCUCAAAACUGCACUCGAAAAAAUCACUUCAUAUAACUUGGUUGAACUCAGAGGUUUGAAUUACUCCACCAAAAAAUCGACAUCCACUCUAAAAUAUUCUAGAUCGACUCCAAAGCGGCGAAUUAAAUGCAUAUACAACCCUUUGUGCUUACACUUAUAAAGCAUUGGAAGUUAAUCGACGAAUUAAUUGUUGUACUGAAGUUGUCAAAGAGGCUUUCGAUUAUGCGAUUGAAAUUGAUAAGAAAUAUGAGAAUUCGAAUGAGAAACCAGCACUUUAUGGAUUGCCUUUCAGUGUGAAAUCGAAUUUUUAUGUGAGUUUGGAGUCUUAUAAGGGAAUUGUUUCAUGAGAUUUGUAAUAAUAAUUAUUUUUUUUUCUAGACAUAUGUUUUAUAAAACAUAUGUCUAGAAAAUUACCGUAUUUUAAGUUGAAAUUUUUGAAACGUAUUUUUUUUCGGGUAACCUUGGAUUCUUUUCAAAUUUUUUUAGAAAUUCGAAAAUUUCUCAUAAGUAUAGUGAAAGCCUGGGCUAAACCCCCCUUUUUCUUUAAAUGUUGCCACGUCAUAAGUUUUCAGGACGCAGAGUUCUGUAUUUCUUGGAAAAUCGGGAAAAAAUCCAAGAUUACAAAAAUAUUCUGAAAAAAACGAUUCACUUUUUUUACGGUGAUUUUCUAAAGACAAAAUUCGAAUAGUUUUUGACCCGCGGAUCACUAUUAAAAUUGCAUGACUCAACUUCUAAUAUGAGUUAUGACGUGGCGAAAUGGGAAAUUAUUGAAAAAUCUCGAUUUUAGGAGCUGAAAAUCCUGAGCAAGGCUUUGACGCUAGUUUUCAGCUCCUAAUAUCCUAUUUACAAACUUUGCCACGUCAUAACUCAUAUUAGAAGCUGGAAUUUCAGACGACGGAAUCGUUAUCAGCGGGUCGAAAACCUUCAGAAAAUAUAUAAUUUAUCGAAAAUCUAGAGUGAAAUUUGAAAAUUUUAUAGAUGAAAAAUUAUGAUUGUUCAAUUGGAGUUGCCAAAUUGUUGGAUCAACCAAAAGAUGAAGAUUGUCCAUUUGUAACACAUUUGAUGAAUUUGGGAGCGGUUAGUGAAAUUUUUCCAAAAAAACAUUUCAUACAAUAAUUUUCAGGUUCCAUUUGUCCUCACCAAUGUUCCACAAGGUCUUCUCUCAUUCGUUUGCUCAAAUACAGUUUAUGGCACAACUUUGAAUCCACACGAUGUUACACGAACUCCUGGAGGUUCAUCUGGAGGUGAAGGCGCGAUUAUUUCAGCUGGCGGAGCAUCGUUUGGAACUGGAAGUGAUUUAGCUGGAAGUUUGAGAAUUCCAGCAUCAAUGUGUGGAUUGGUAACAUUGAAGCCAACGCAAGGUAACUUUUUUUGUCAGAUUUUUUCAAUUAAAGAAAAAUUUCAGAUCGAUUUGUUGUAACUCAUACUCAUGGAGGUGUGCCUGGUCGUGGUCGACUUGGACUUAGUUUUGGAGUGUUUACCAAAAAUGUUAAAGAGCAAAUUUUGCUUUUGGAGCAAGUUAUUGGAACUGAAGAAUAUCGACAAUUGGUUCCACAAAAUCCAUCAGAUCCAUUGAAUUUUGCGAAAGUUGAGAAGAUGAAAAGUUUGAAGGUUGGAUAUUUUGAUGAUGAUGGAUUCUGCACACCAGUUCCUUCGUGAGUUCCUAGAUAUAUUGAUUCGUGGAAAUGUGGAUUAUUUUCGAGUAUCAGAAAAUAAUUUUGAAUUCAGAAUUAAAGGGGUUGUACGUGAAAACAUUUUUUCCACGAAAAUUUUGAAAUUUCACCAUUUUUCGAAAUCAAUUUUUUUUUUGAAAUUUAGUCCAAAAAAUCCAUUUAUCUUUUGUCAUAAUAUUUCUGAUUUCGGUUAUUUUUUUUUAAUUUUCAAAAUCUAAGUUACAUUCUCGGAAUCCAAUCAUUCUAAACAUUUCCAAGUUUCAAAAAAAUCUCUAUAAAUUCUCAUUAUUCCAGACAUCGAAGAGCUGUUCUCGAUACUGUUGAAAAAUUGAAAAGUCUUGGACACGAAGCUGUUCGAUUUGAUGUUCCAAGAGUUAUGGAUGCUGCUUAUUUGUUAUUCAAAGUAAGCCUACCUUUUUCUCUCCACCCUCACAAUCCCCAUUUUUCUUCAGAACGUGAUGCCGGAUAGCGGAGCUUAUAUGCGAACAAUUUACGAAAACGAAAAUAUUGAUGUAAAUAUGAAACAAUUCGUAACACUUCUAAAAGUUCCGCGAGUUCUUCGUUGGAUUGCUGCCAAAAUAUUGUCCGGUAUCUCCCCUCAAAUGGCACUGAUUUGCUCGGCUUAUGUGAAAGAUAUUGAGGAUAUUCGAUAUACUCAGGAAUUGACUGAUUUAUAUCGACUCGAAUUUUUGAAAUAUUGGAAAAGUUUGGGCAUUGAUGUGCUGAUUUGUCCAGCGUUUAUUGGUUGGUGAAAUUUCUAAUUUGACUCACUGUCAGAAACUGUAAAGCUCAAUUCCUAACAUGAGUUAUGACGUGGCAAAUUUGGGACUUUAGGAAGUCAGAACUAGAUUUCAACAUAUUUUUCGUGAAAAUCUGAUAGCAUAGUGAUAGUACUUCAAGAGGGUAGAUAACAUAAGUUCUUCUAACUUUUUUGAAAUAUCUUUCGGAUUUCACAAAAACCAUAUAAAUUUUGCCACGUCAUUACUCAUAUUAGGAGUUAAGCUUUGCAGUUUUUUGAAAUAGUGAUCAGCGGGUCGAAAACUUCUAGAAAACAUGAGUUUUAAAAGUUCCCCGUAUGAAUAUAGUUGUUUCAGUGCCAGCCAUUGCUCAUCAAUAUCCUUCAAAACUCUCAACUGCCGCAUUUUCAACUGGUCUCUUCAAUAUGAUCGAUUUCCCGGCUGGAGUUGUUCCAACUGGCCACGUCACAACUGAAGAUGACAAUAAUCUUCAUGAUGACAAACUAUUCAACGUUGGCUACAAUCCGAUUCUCAAAAUUCAAAGAGAAGCAGCUGCAAAUUCAGUUGGUCUUCCAAAUUCUGUACAAAUCGUCACUCUUCCCUUCGAAGAGGAACUUUGUCUUCAUACAAUGCAAAUUGUAGAAAAUGUUUGGAAAAAUUGAUUUUUGUUUGAGAUUUAUACAUAUUCUUGCCUGUGAUAUUUACUAAUUCUACUUACCCAAUAAAUUUUAUACGAAAAAAAAUUGGAUUUGGAUGGGAUUAUUGUGUUGAAUAUUCGAAAAUAUUACUUUGAUUUUGAAAAUUUUGAAAAUAAUCUAAAUGAUCUAGGAAAAUAUGGAUUUGUUGGUUUUCGAUGAGAAGAAAAAUUAUAGAAAAAAUCAGGCUGAAAUUAGAAAUAUUAUGACAAAAGAUGAAUUUGUUGAAAUGAUUGGAUAUCAGAGUUUUGAUGCGGUUUUGGUGAGUUUCACGAACUUUUUUUCAGCAAAAAUAUGAGAAUUUCAGGUCAAAAAUUGAAAUUUUCAAAAAAUUUGAAUUUUGCGAAACAUUUUAGGCUGAAAAUCACCGUCUAAAUUUUUGGCGCCAGAAUCCUGAAUUAAAAAUUUCAGCUGAGUUUUAAAAAACACUGACUUUGAAAAUUUGGCGCCAAAAAAUUAACCACAACAAGAUUUUGACUUGAAAAUUAAAAUAUUUUGAAUUUGAUCCGAGGAAAACUAACGAGAUCAUUUUCUCCUGACAAUUUUUGCAAUUUCACAAUUUUUUGAAACGUAUUUUUUUCGGGGAAUUUUUUUCAGAGUUUUAAAAAUUUGCAGAUCUCAACUCUCUGAUGAAUUAUAACGUGGCAAAAGCUUACUAGGCUUAUAACUAAUUUUUGAAAAAAUUUUGAAUUAUUUUUUAAUCAGCUCAAAUUUUGAAUUUAAAACUUUUGUCACUAUCAAAAAUUUUAGAAUUUUCAGUGACAAAAAAUUAGUUAUUCUAUCAAAUUUUCAGAUUGGCGGGUUAAUUCAAAUAAAUGAUGAGCAAAUAUCUGAAAUUUUAUACGAAAUGGCAGGAUUCGGGUUAUAUUUAGAAGAUAUUCGAGAAGAAACCAAAAAAAUCAGCGAAAAUUGCUUUUUUGAAACUGAAGAUGAUAAUGAUUUAUGGGCAGGUAUGAUCUUUUGAAGUUCAAACAUCAAAAAAUCGAUUUUUUUCAGCAAUGCAACCGAAAACAAAUAUUCUAGUUUUAUCAGCUGAAGAAGCCGCAUUUCUAGCUUUUGAUUGGAAAGUUUUGAAUAUUCGAAAAUUAGGAAAAUGUAUUGAAAAAGGUAAGAUUUUCAUUUUAAAAAACCCCCUCAAAAAUCCCCAAAAUUUCAGAAAAACUAUGGAUCAAGUUAGGAGAAAUCUAUGGAAAUAUGCAAGAAUUUUCGAAAUCUUUUUGUGUUUUUCGAUAUUUGCGGAAAAAUGGGUGGAAGGUUAGAAGUGGAUUGACAUUUGGAUGUGAUUUUCUGAUUUAUUGCCUUGGUCCACAGUUUUUUCAUUCGAGUGCGGGAGUUUUGAUUUGUGAUGAAGUUGAGCCGAUCAAAUUGUUAUCGAUGACGAGGAUUUUAUCGCAUAAUAAAAAGGUGGGGGAGGUUUUUGAAAUGGGGAAUUUCAAAAUGAAAAGCUAGAAAAAUCAAUUUUCAAAAAAUAAAAGCAAACUUCACCAGAAAAAAAUUCCAAGUUUCAGAAAAAAUCUUGAAAAUUUCAAACUUUUCGGAAAUUCAAAUCUACAGUAGACUUCGCGGUUCUUUUGAUUUUUUGAAUUAAAAGAGGAUAUGUUUGAUUUUCUAGGCCAUAUCAUUUUUCUUCCAAGGGUCAACAAAUUUUCGCAUGAAUUUCUGAAAUUUUUAAGUUCCGAAGGUUUUUUCUAUGGAAAAAUGGCGGAAAACAGAUCAUCUCUUAAAAAAUCUCCAGAAACUUCCAGGCUCUAAUUCUUGCCAGUUGUGAGAUCACCGAAAAUUCGAAUUAUGAAGUGGUUUCAACGAUUGAAGUUAAGGUAAAUCCCCUUAUCUCAACCUCCCCCUUUUUCCAAAAAAAUCCCAAAUUUCCAGAUUGUCACCUUCAAAACCCAUUAUUUCGAUCGAUAUGUGCCCGAAAUUGCUCAAAAAUCAAAUGAUUUAUAUGAAAUUGAAAUUGGUGCAAUAUAA